AUGUCAGCCAUAUUAUCAAAAGUGAAAGCAAAUGUAUGGGAAACGGUUACAGAUCGAAUACAAUUAACGUAUGACGAAUUGGAUGAAAAGUUGGCAUUGAAGCAUGUAAACGAUCAUGGUGCAGGUGCUAGUGUCUUAUUUGUUGGAACUACACGAAACGAAUUUCAAGGCAAAUCUGUUCAACGAUUAGAAUAUACCGCUUAUUCUUCCCUUGCUCGUAAACUAAUGCAAAAGUUGAUCAAAGAUGGACGUGAAAAGUAUACAAAGUCUAAAGAUACAGGCCAUGAAAUACAGCAGCAAAGUGUAUCCAACGAAAUCAAAAGAGUCUAUCUGGCUCAUAGGCUAGGAGACGUUCGAGCGGGAGAGGCUUCCAUUUUGGUGUGCGUUUCCAGUGCCCAUCGUAAAGCAGCUUUUGAACUAUGUGAGGAAAUCUUGGAAGAGGUUAAACGGCAAGUGCCCAUUUGGAAAAAGGAGAUUUAUGAUGGUACACACGCAGGCUUAGCCGAGUGGAAGGCCAAUUCGCAAUCUCAUUGGAAGAAAGAAGGAUAG